UAAUUCAUACACAUAUUUAUACGUAUACACAUUAAGUCAGAGUUGAUAGAAUAAUACUGUAUGAUAAUUAUUGAAUUUCACGUGAUGGAGUCUAAUCUUUUCUCUUUUUCACAAAAUAAACUCUUGCAUUAUUGUGAUGUGAUACUCAACACAACUCCAAGAAAGUUCCUAUAUCUCUCUCAAUAUUUGGCAUAUAUACUAAAGUUUUCACUAUCCAUAAUUCAUCACUAAAUGCAUACACUAAGCACACGAGCACUGAUCAAAUAAAUUAAAUAGCAAUGGGUGCUAAGCUUACUGUUAUAGAAAAUAGGUGCAACGAUGAUAUUGAAAUUAGAGUUUGGGUUCCUCCGGCUCGACCCGACAAAUUUCAAAGCAUAAUUAGAAUUGAAGCAAAUGGUGGAUGGAAGGAAGUGAAUUCCAAGAAUUUCAUCCAUCGAGACGCUACAAUUCUUAAUGAUGAUGAUGAAGAAGAAUUUGUAUCGUCUACGUUGUUAAUGAUUUAUAUUGAUGGUGUUUAUACAGGAUAUUACUUUCUUCCAAUUCACUUAGUAAAAUAUGCGAAAGUCAUCUGCGACAUAAAUGAAGAUGGACUUUUUGCUGUUCAAGGAAUCAAACCAACAUUCCAUUUUUGUAGAUUCAAGGGUUGUGCCUUUUUUCCUUAUCUCAGAGGAAACAAAAAGGAGAUGAUUUGAACCUGCAGUAUUUAUGUUUGGUAUUUUGAAUGGAUGGAAUGCACAAAUUCAGAAAUAUGAAGUUUUGAUGAUAGACAAAGAUACUGAAGAAUCAUAAAUUGAAGUGAAGUGUGUUUUCUUCCCGAUGUAACUGAUGUUGUUCUAGGGUUAUUAUUGAAUUAUAAUAAUUCCUAAAUUGAAAUGAUCGAGUAAUUGAAGUUGUGAGGUUUGUAACAAGAAGAAAAUUGAUCUUCUUGGAGAUUAUCCUUUGUAAUCUUAAAUCGCUCUUGAAUUUAGUGAAAUUUGAUUGUUGAAAUCCUA